UCGGGUGCAUUAGUAUUCCUAGUUUGACUGGGUGAGUGAGGUAAGAAUGCGAAGGAGGAAAAAUCAGGCUAGUUGGAGAACAGUGUGACUAUCGCAACUGAGUGAAGAAGCACGGUGUAGACAGUGAUUUUCAGUGAUUGUUUUCUGAAUAUUAUACAACUUGUCUUCCUAUGAAAAUAAUAUCAUUGGUGAACUACUAGUGUCUGCAUUCCCGGCGAGAUAGUUUUCUCAGUGAGUGUUAUCCACAGGACGCAGGAAUCGUUCCAUGAAUGAAACAUCGUAUGAAGGUGGGAUAGAAGAGUCAUCAUAAUAAUGGAAGCUGCUACGAUGGACGGGAUAAUCGCUGGUUUGAAGAACGCAACACUGGAAAAGAACUCUGAACAGGCGCUGCCUCUGCUGAAACGGAUAUCCGAAGCGGAAAGUACUCUCUGUGAUAAGUACGACAUCAAAGCUGAUCUGCUGGACUUGCUAUCGUUGGAUAACCGAGCUGUGUGCGUUCAGGUGGCUCGAUGUAUUGCCGAGGUGGCCAAGACUGAGUCUCAGCGAGACAAGUUUACUAAGGAAGACAUUAUUCGUAAGCUAGUUUCGUUUCUGUCCAGUGAAAACGAGAACAGCAAGCUUGAGCUAAACACUCAGGUGUGCCGAGCGCUGGGUAACAUAUGUUAUGCAAACGAUGAAGCGCGCAAUAUCAUCAAGGCGACGAAAGGAGAUGAGCGAAUCUUUUCGUUAUUGGACUUGGACUUAGAUACGGACGAAGAUGAAAAGGAUCAAUUUGUUCGCGUGCGGUGUGGCUUGAUUUCGAACUAUCUACUCGGUAGCGAUGACAUUGCAGAGCGAGCGGUAGAGCUGCAAAUUAUCGGAAAAAUUGAGAAAAUUCUGAUCCGAUGCGUCGAAGACGUUGACAAGCAUGAAGACCUUUUGUUAAACACACUGCCACCGUUGAGCAUUUUAACAGAGCAGAUAAGCGAUUUGUACUUUGAGCCAUCGCUGAACAAAGUUAUUGCACAGAUCUUGGCCAAAUGCACCAAUCCCGAUUUAGCCGAAUCGUGUUUGGCACUUUUGCACUACGAGGCACAAAAUGAUGAAGUGAAACUAUUGCUGGCAGAGGAGGGUUUGUGUGAAACGAUAUACAAACUACUGGAGAAGUAUAAGACCUUUGCCAACACGGAUGAGGCACGGGUGCUGAUGAAGCUGGCUUGUGAUCUGAUUGUACUUAUUCUAACCGGAGACAAAUCAAUGCAUUAUUUAUACAACACUCCGUUGCUGAAAUACAUGGAAGACUGGCUUGACUCAUAUGACGUAGAGCUUUUGACGACCGGUGUGCUGGCAUUGGGAAACUUCGCUCGUACCGACAGGCAUUGCAUUUACAUGGUGGAGAACAAAAUCAUGCACAAACUGCUUUCUAUCCUGGCGAAAAACAAUGGAGCCGACAACCAAAUGACUCUGCAGCAUGCCCUACUGAGUACAUUGAAGAACCUGGUGAUUCCGAAGCCAAACAAGGCAGCCGUCAUUGAAGCCGGGUUGGUAGACAUCAUCUUGCCCAUGUUGGAAAUUCAUCAGCCGCCUGUUGUGUUUAAGCUACUUGGCACUCUUCGGAUGACUGUGGAUGGCCAGGAAAGACUAGCGCAACAGUUGCUGCAGAAUGAGAAACUUAUAAAGCAACUGGUUCACUGGAGCAAAACAUCCGAGUUUACUGGUGUACUCGGGGAAUCGUUACGUCUGAUGGCAUGGCUUAUCAAACAUGCGUACCAUGCUAAUAAGGAUCUAUCUGCGGCGGACGAUACUGGACUGAGGAAAUUCGUUGACGUUGAGGGUUCUGUCGACAGUAUGGUGAGCAUGCUAACCUCCACUCAUUUGGUGAUGCAAAACGAGGCGUUGAUUGCACUUAGCAUCUUGUCUACGGUCUUACACAACAAAAAUGCCACUGAUCUGAAGUUGGAAGAUUUGCUAAUAAAAGCCGAUGUGGGUGCUAAGCUGGCAGAGCAAAUCACUCUUAACGGAGAAACUAUGACGAAAGAAAUUGUUGAUAAUUUGCAAACAUUUGUCCGGUUACUAAGAACCUCCCCAACGUGCGUAGAGCAUUUGAAAAAACAUAAUAUAGACGAACUGUUAAACUCCAUACCUAGUCAAGUGGAGUACUGUACUCUGUAAGGUAUUGAAUUUGAUCUUUAACUUUUUCCAGUUACACUGCUACAUAAUUACUUAAUUCACCCUUUCGUCGAAAUAAUAAAAGAUGAAUGAGUCUUCGAAGCACUCUGUUUGUGCAAUGCCUAAAUUAAAAUAGCGCACAGAAGGUCACAGAAUUAUGUCUCAAAGGACCUCUGCCCUGGGCACUGCAGUUUGGUGAUAUGAAUCUAAAUAUAUGUUACUGAUUCUUUGUAGCAAUAUUGUGUGGCGUUAUUUUCAAAUUAAACAAAAACGGAUGCAAUCACAAAUUUUAGUCAUUAGCUAUUUCGGUAAAUCUUUUAGAUUUGGAUAAGUUUUAACAAAAAUAAUCUACUGAUAACUGAAAACAAUCACUGCAUUUAUUAAAUAUGUGCUAAAUAUUGCAAACAGAGCAAAACACAACUGUAGAAACAUGUAGUAAUAUUUUCGAUUUCUGCAAAUACUAUUUUAAAAUAAAGAAAUCUACACAGAGCAUGUAAGACUAACUUUUUUCUACCACUACUCUUUCUAUGCCGUCAAACGAAUGCUCUUGUAAUCGACAGAUAGAAUCGUCUUAACCCUUUUCCCCUUACUCAAGUAAAACACAAAGUUGAAAAUAAAGCAUGUUGAAAGCAUUUAAAACCAAAUAAUAAGCAAUGUUUUUCAUAUUUGUCAACGGCAAAAUGUUACGAAAUGGAGUUCAAUAACCAAAUUCAUGUCGUUCACGCCAACAAAUACACGAGAUUGUUAUUUACAAGCAUAUUCAAAUACAUCAUACAAACACGCUACUGGAUCGCAAUCCAUAUGGAAAGGUUUGCAAUUCUACGAGUAAAUAGAAAGCACAAUUGCAAGGUUGAAUGUAUUGAUUUGAAACAAAAGACGAGAUUAUCGGAUAGUUAAAAGAAUUUCCGUUUGGAACAUACAGAUUACAAAAUAUACAUUUCACGCAAAACAUGUGUAUAGCGUUUUAGAAUACAAACGGCACAUCGAAAAGUAGGUCACACGAAGGCACAUUAAGUAUUGUGGUCAGCAAAACUUAUUUCUUCUACAUAAAAAAUAGUUUACAACUAUAAUUAACGUUCGCAUACACUGUAUCAAACGUAUUGAAAUAUAGUUAUAGAACAAUUUUGCGAAGUAAAAAAGCUCCAAUUAAAA